AGAAGCAGCAAGAUGCUGUGGCAGACUCAGCUCCUCUGGCUCCUCGUGCUCUGGGCAAAGGGCUCCAGCGGAGACAUCCUUGUGACCCAGACUCCAGAGUCCCUGGCAGUGUCCCCAGGAGACACAGUCACCAUCAAGUGCAAAGCCAGCUCCAGUGUUAGCAACAGCAUGCACUUCUACCAGCAGAAACCAGGGCAGGCUCCAAAGCUCCUUGUGUAUGGCACAAACAAGCGCCCCUCCGGGAUCCCCGACCGGUUCAGCGGCAGUGGGUCUGGCACCGACUACACUUUCACCAUCAGCCAGGUGGAAGCUGGGGAUGCUGGAGAUUAUUACUGUCAGCAGUAUUAUAAUACCCCUCACACAGUGCUACAGCCCCGUACAAAAACCUCCCUGCUCUGCUCCAGCGGGGACAUUGUCAUCACUCAGACUCCAGAGUCCGUGGCGGUGUCUCCAGGGGACACAGUCACCAUCAAGUGCAAAACCAGCUCCAGUGUUAGCAGCUACAUGAACUUGCACCAGCAGAAACCAGGGCAGGCUCCAAAGCUCCUUCUGUAUGGCACAAGCAACCGCCCCUCGGGGGUCCCCGACCGGUUCAGCGGCAGUGGGUCCAGCAUCGACUUUACAUUCACCAUCAGCCAUCUACAUCCAGUGUGCACGGUCCCACAGGAGCCCAAUGUCCUGUUACCGCUCAUGCACUCAGAGCUCACUGUGUGCCAGCCUGCUGGGCAGGGUUAG